AUGUGGGUCUCCCUGUCGCAGGUCGCGAAGAAGGGGGAGCCCUGCCGGAUCUCGCUGGACAUUAGCAGCUACGACUACAUGUCAGAGAUGACCCAGGAGCUGAAGAGGGGCAUGACGCCGAUCGUAAGCUACUGGGCUGACGACGACAUGUUGUGGUUGGAUGGCCUCGGGGACGAUCACCAGGGGCAGUGCUCCAAGGACAUCAAGAAAAAGUGCUCGGACAGCGUGAAGUUUUACAACUUCUCCAUCGCCGACAUCUCCGACGAAGACAGCCCUGUCCCCCCGAAGAAGCCCACCACCCGGCAGCCAGUCAGUGACGCAGGCGGGUGGAAUUGGGAGGCCAGCGAUAGCACAACUAGCUCGAAGGAGGCUUGGCAGCAGCCUGCUUGGGAGCAGCCGGCUUGGGAGCAGCCAGCCUCCUCGACGGCGCAGGCUGUUGGCUCAUUAGGCUGGGACUCUGGCGAAGGCGGCGGCGACGGGCAAUCUUCAGACCCCACGGCCGCGGAUCGCGGCAAGGUGGUGGAGGGAGGGAAGUGUGUGGAGUUCGCCAACUGGAGGAAGGCGGCAGUGGGCGGAAGGGCUGUGCAGAUGAACUUGGGCAAGGCGGCAUAUGGCGCCCAGACGACGUGGAAGGAGUGCCGCAGCCUCUGCGCGAACGACAAGGACUGCAAGCAGGUUGUCUUCUACAAGCCUUCGGGCUCGUGCUUCGGCACGAGGGAGGCCCAGGGAGACGACCAGGACAGAAUGGGCGGCUCCAACUACGACUUCGUUUCGGCACACUGCAACAACGCGUGCGCCGAGUUCAACAACUGGCGCAAGACCGAGACGGGCGAGGAGAUACCCCUGGGGAAGCACAAGUAUGGCGACGUCGCCGAGGACUGGCCCACGUGCCGCGACCGAUGCGCGGCCGAAGAGAAGUGCCAGCAGGUGGUGUACUACAGGCCCGAGCGGAAGUGCUUCGGCAUGAGCGAGAGGGGCGACGACGACGAGGACAGCAUGGGUGGCAACAAUCCGAAUUUUGUCUCCGCGCACUGCCAGAAGACUGGCGCGGACGCCGACGGCGAGGAGGGGAGCUCCCUGGACGAGCUGGACAGCACACGGGGCGACCACAUCUUGAUGCAGAAGAAGCACGCUCGGCUCCCGGGGCCGGGCUGGUGGGCCGCGGACGACACCAGGUGGGCGAUGGCUGGCGCCGGCCUCGUGGCCAUCGCCGUCCUCGUCGCCUGCGGGGUCGUCGCCGUCGGCGCCAAGCGGCGGCGCAACCUGCGCGCCGCUCCCCUGGAGGGCCUGAGGCGCAUCGCCAGCCUGGCGGAGGUGAGGGUGGCCGACGCAGGCCACGGCCUCAUGCGCACGAAGCCGAGCUCGGAGCGCCUGCUGGAGGUCGGCGCGGCGGCGCUGGCCCCGCCGCCGCUGCCCGGCGGCAGGGCCGUGGAGAUGCAGCAGCGCUACCUCUGA